AUGUUUUUUUGUAUCUCCCUUCCCGUCCCCGUUCCCGAUCCCCAAAAAGCCAACACAACAACCCUACUAUUCGCUUCAACACCCGUAAUCCUCACCCGUCUUCCCCGUAUCUGGGCUUUCGGGAUUCAACACCCUCCAACUCUGCACACCGGUCUGAACCUCCACACACCCAUCCGUCCAGUCAAACACCUCAAUCAGUUUCGUAUGACAGCAUUUGCUGUCGCUGUACGUCGCGAGGAUAAGCUUAUUGUCUGCGUCAUUGGACCAGCUAUUGAUCAUCCCGCUGAAAGUUCCGGCGCGCGCGGUGCUGCAGCCUUGGGCGACGGUGGGGAUGAAUGCGCUUGCGCUGCCGGUGCAUUGUUUGCUGGUAUAUAG